UUCAUAGGCUUGCUCGUCUGAGGUGGAUUUUUUAUAUGACAAGACUUAAGAUUGGAGAGUACGUUAUCUAUAUUCUUUCUUGGGUCGUCUAGAUUUUGAGCUGGUUUGGGAUAUAAUGGGUUUUAAUCCCCGUUUCAGAUCUCUUUGGGCUUUCCUGUCUUUCCCCAUUGUUCAGUUUCUGGUACAAAAUCCCAAUGCUGUUCUUCCCAGAUUCAUUUGUUGAUGUUUAUUUUUUAUUUUUUUAAGUGAAAAAAGAUGCUUCUUUUCCCUUACGAGUUAUUUGUGGGUUUGAGCUGUUAUGGAAGCAGGCGAGCAGAGGGAGGGAAAUAGGCUUCUGGGGUUCAUAUUCAUGGAUGUUUCUAGCUCUAGCCUGAUGUGAAAGUACUCUGCUUUUGGUUCUAAACGGGAGUGAAGAGAGUCAUGGCCUUGUACCUGGUAGACAUGUUUGAGAUAAAAAAAAGAUAAGAGAAUAGUGAGAUAAGGGUCUACUGUUCCAGUUUUCUGAGGUGGAUUUUUGAUGUGAUAAGACUCAAGAUUGAGUUGCUUUUGGAAGAGUUCAUUAUCUAUAUUAUUUCUUUGGUCGUCUAGAUUUUGAGCCGGUUUGGGAAUUGGGAUAAAAUGGGUUUCAAUCUCCGUUUCAGUUCUCUUUUGGCUCCGCUGUUUCCUGUCUUUCCCCAUUGUCCAGUCUUUGGUACAAAACCCCAAUGCAGUUCUUCCCAUUUUCUUUUUUUAAUGUUUAAUGCUUUAACUUUCCUUCAAGUGAAUCGAGUGAAAAUAGAUGCUUCUUUUCUCCUCUGAGUUAAUAAUUUGUGGGUUUGAGCUGUUAGGAAGGGAAAAGAGGCAUUUUCAUGGCUUGUUCUAGCUCUAGCCUGGUGUAAACAUACUCUGCUUUUGGUACUAAAUGCUAGUGAAGACAGUCAUGGCAUUGUACCUGGUAGAUAUGUUUGAGAUAAAGAGACGAGACUACUAGACUAUUGAGAUAAGGUUCUAGAGUUCCACUUUUCUCCUCGGUUCUCGACUUUUUUGCUCACUGCAGCAGGAGACCCGUUGAAAAAUCUGCACCAAAUUACAAUUGGAAUCUCCUCUUCCUUCUUUCAAUGGAAAACGACCCUAUUGCUUUUGUUUUAUGUUCUAAAGUCUUAACCCACUGUGAUCUACUUUUGGGUGUCCCCUGGCACAUGAAUAAAUGUUUUUCGUAUUGUUCCCAAAUAGAGUUCUUUGAUAAUAUCAAAAGAUCAGAGCUUUAACGGGACUUGUGUUUCCCACCAGACCUUCUGUAGGUGGUGAAUGGUGAUGGGUUAUGGGCAUGGAUGCUCAUAUCCCAAUUCCCAAACCAUCAAUGGGUGGCUCAACUCUUGAAUGGUUUUGUCUCUAAAUCUAAGAUCCUACAUUUCUCUAACAGUUUUAAGCUUCGAAGAUUGAUAAGAAGAGCUUAAAAUACUAUUAUUAACAGUUAAAAACUCCAUGGCUCUCCCUUUCAUUACGGUCCUCUCUCGACGUUUUAAAAUGCUAUGGGAGGAGGUCUUGCUUAGGAGGUAAUGCCAUUUAUAUUCUGAUUGAUAUCUUAUUUUUCUGAAAGAAAGUACUUUAUACUACUUUAAUGCCCAUAAAUUAAGAAAGAUUAUGUGCCAAAUGGCAGGAUAAAGCUAUCCUUAGACAUGGAAAGAAUUAUAUCUUAAUUCUUAUGAAGUCCUUUUUUUAAGGUUUGGGACUAAGCACCAGUGACACCCACCUUUCAGAAAAAUGGAAUCGAGGCCGACCCGAAUUCCUCCCAUGCUUGGAAUGGUCUAUUCACACUGGCCCUGGCAGAUUCCUGACCGAUUCUGGCUAAUUUGGAACAGAGUCAGAUCGGAAUCAACUGGACCUGGUCCUGGUCCGGCUCCUGGUCCUGGUCACGGUCCCGGUCCAGGUCUCGAUUCCAAGUUUAAUAACCUUGGUGACACUAGUCAAUUAUUUUAUGGUCCAGAUUCCAAAAUCCUUAAUUUGUUGGAUUGUGAUUUGUGACCCCCCCUCAUACCCCAAAUGUUAUUCACAGUUGGCAUGUACUAUUUGCAUAUUGUAUUGUUCCUGUACCUUUCUGAAUAAAGUUGAAGCUCCCAGGUGUUGUAAGAAAUAUGGAUUAUUGUCUGAAAGAGGACCACCAUGAUAAUGAAAAUCUGAUCUGUAGUCUAUUUUCACGUUUUAAACUACCCUUCUAAUCUUCUCAUACUGGCAACCAUAGUUAAUAUGUAUUGGCAUCUACUCUAGUAUGGGCUCCCCCUUCAAGAUCUGUAGUUAAAUUACAGUUUCAUCUGAUGAGGGUGGGAAGCAUGUGACAAGGACCAUGAAGAUCUGGGAAAAAUUCUUGUUAUAGAUGCGUUUAUUGGUGUAAACAUUGGCACUGACCUCUCCGACAUGCCUAACCCAACUCAGGUGGUUGCCCUUUUGAAGGCCCAACAAAUUAGACAUGUCCGGCUCAAUGAUGCUGACCGGGCCAUGCUCAUUGCACUUGCAAACACUGGCAUUCAAGUGACAAUCUCUGUCCCAAACAACGAACUUCUUGGGGUGGGCCAGUCCAAUGCUACCGCUGCCAAUUGGGUGGCCCGGAAUGUUGUGGCUCAUGUACCUGCCACCAACAUCACAGCCAUUGCAGUUGGGUCUGAGGUCCUUACAACCAUUCCGAAUGCUGCACUUGUCCUUGUAAAUGCCCUCAAGUUUAUCCAUUCUGCUCUCGUUGCAUCAAACCUUGAUAAUCAGAUCAAGGUGUCAACACCACACUCAUCCUCCAUCAUUCUUGAUUCCUUCCCACCAUCACAAGCCUUCUUCAACCGCUCAUGGGACCCCGUCAUGGUCCCGUUGCUUAAGUUAUUGCAAUCUACAGGAUCGUAUCUCAUGCUCAAUGUCUAUCCUUAUUAUGAUUACAUGCAAUCAAAUGGAGUAAUACAAUUGGAUUAUGCACUCUUCCGCCCUCUUCCUCCUAACAAAGAAGCUGUGGAUUCAAACACUCUCCUUCACUACACAAAUGUCUUUGAUGCAGUGGUUGAUGCAGCUUACUUUGCCAUGGCAUUCCUUAACUUUACUAACAUCCCCAUUGUUGUCACUGAGUCUGGCUGGCCUUCCAAGGGUGAUGAUAAUGAGCCAGAUGCUACUAUUGAUAAUGCCAACACUUAUAAUAGCAACCUAAUCCGGCAUGUGCUGAACAAAACUGGGACACCCAAGCACCCUGGAAUUGCAGUUAGCACCUAUAUCUAUGAGCUGUACAAUGAGGACUUGAAACCUGGUUCACUUGCAGAGAAGAAUUGGGGGCUCUUUGAUGCCAAUGGUGUUCCUGUUUAUAUCCUGCACCUGACCGAUUCUGGAUUGAUGCUGGCUAAUGAUACUACGAACCUGACAUUUUGCACUGCAAGGGAUGGUGCUGAUCCAAAGAUGCUUCAAGCUGCACUGGACUGGGCAUGUGGUCCUGGGAAGGUGGAUUGCUCACCUUUGUUGCAAGGACAGCCGUGCUACGAACCAGACAAUGUGGCUGCUCAUGCAAGCUAUGCUUUUGAUGCAUAUUAUCAUCUGAAGGGAAUGGAUUCUGGGACAUGUAACUUCAAUGGCGUGGCUGCGAUUACAACUACGAAUCCAAGUCAUGGUUCCUGCAUAUUUCCUGGCAGUGGUGGCAGGAAUGGCACAUUCUUAAAUGGCACAUCACUUGCACCUUCAUCAAAUUCCACAGCCUCGAGCUCUACUUCACUAAUUUUCCAUAUUGGUGGUGUUAGAAGUCCUCUGAUCAUUGGAAUUAUACUUUGGAGUGCAGUUUUCUUCUGAGACGAGAUUUCUUGUAGCUUUCUAUUGUCUCCGGUAACUGAUAUUUGAGUUGGAAUCCUUAAGAAUUUCUGGUAUGGACACCCCUGAGAUGAAUUUUAUCCCAUGUCAGUAGAAACCUGCUGCAGCAUACCCAAUUUUGUUUCUCUGAUAAAGGAGAGAAGGGAGCAGCAAGGUUGUCUAAAUUCUAUGGCAGGCUACCAGUUCAUUUGAUUUUGUACAGACAAACCAAGGUGAAUUAUUUAGGAUUAUUGAUGUAUCUGCUCAUUAUACUGAACUUUCACUAGAAUUGUAUUCUUUGAUUAUUAGAUUCAUGAAUGGUCCAAUUGGUAACCUUCUCUAUUUAA